UAAGGUAACUACACUUCAUCUCACACUUGUGCCAGAAAAACAACCAAGUCAACCAAAGCAAGCAAAACUAUAAGUAUAAACACUGGUGUUCUGAGUAAAUCCAGCGAUGAAGGCUAUAAUUUUUGGGCUUCUGCUUGGUGUGUUACAAACUGCAUCUUCCAGCAGAUCUUUCCAUGAUGAUGUUUUUAAAGAAUGCUUUAGAAAGUACACUAUUAGCUUUUCAUUACCACCAACACUGAAAAACCACUGUUCUACCAUUAAGAAUACCAGUGAUUGCUUAGGCUAUUAUGCAACAGUCGAUGGACCACUUCUUGACCUUAUGAGAUUCUACAUUCUCGAGCAUGCUUUUUUUGACAUUCGCACUCACCUUUGUCAACCAUACGACCUCAGUAACAUCCAAAUGGUGCUCGAUGGCUCAGACGUUUUUAAAAAGUAUGGAAAAUAUUCUAUUGAAUACGUUCCCCAGGAAGGAGCAGCGCUUUUGAUGUGUGCAAGACAAGUUCAUCUGUCUGCAAAAGAUUAUUACAAAACCAUCGUGACUUUACAACAGCUCCUUUGUGAUGAUCCAGUUAAUCUUGUCAAGUUCUACAAAGCAAAAGCAAGAGAGAUCAAGUGCAAAUCUAAGGUUUUGGAAGCUUUUAUUUCCACAAUUAAGCAUAUUGUUCCAAUGCUCAAUGAUGAAAUAAGGAAGAAACUUCACAUCUCCUGUCCUUAACUCAAGCAGCAACGAAAAACUUAACUCUUGAUAAUUCGAUUUAUUGUUAAUUGAAUGAAGUCAAUUAUAUGUUAAUUCAUUAUAAAUAAAGUUGGAUUGUUC